CCCCCCCUCCUCCUCCCCCUCUGGUGUGCUUGUGUGUGUGCGCUGCUGCUGCUCUUCAGGCUGCUGGUCGACCAGCAUUUCUACGAAUCCGCCGCUCUUUGUUUCCUCUCCUCUUGGAUCUGUUGAGUUUCUUUGUUGAAUAAGCCAGCAUGGGUGCCCAGUUCUCCAAGAACGCUGCAAAAGGCGAAGCCGCUGCCGAGAAACCCGGAGAAGCAGUGGCUGCAUCUCCUUCCAAAGCGAAUGGCCAGGAGAAUGGCCACGUGAAGGUGAAUGGCGAUGCCUCGCCAGCAGCUGCAGAGGCAGGCAAAGAGGAGGUCCAAGCCAAUGGCAGCGCGCCAGCAGAGGAGUCAGUGAAGGAGGAGCAGACCCCUUCCGAGCCAGCCUCUGAGAAGGAGGCGGCAGAAGCAGAGAGCACUGAGCCAGCCUCUCCUGCGGAAGGGGAGUCUUCCUCGAAGACUGAGGAGGGAACUACCCCUUCUUCUAGCAAUGAGACCCCGAAAAAAAAAAAGAAGCGCUUUUCCUUCAAAAAGUCCUUUAAGCUCAGUGGCUUCUCCUUUAAAAAGAACAAGAAGGAGUCUGGGGAAGGAACCGAAAAUGAAGGUGCGGCUGCUUCCACAGAAGGAGGCAAGGAUGAGGCAGCUGCUGCCCCAGAGACUGCAAACAAUGAGGAGAGCAAACCUGCCCCAGAGGAGUCCUCUGCUGUGGCUGCUGCUGCUGCUGGCAGCUCAGAGGAGACAAAGGAGGAGACUGGUGGCUCACAGGAGGCCAAAUCGGAAGAGACUGCACCACAAAACCCUUCAGGAGAAGAGGGUAAGCCGGCCGAAGAGCAGCAGCAGAAGCCUGAGGAGAAACAGGAAGAGGCGACCGCUGCCCCUAGUGCUACCACCGAAGCCACCUCAGCUGAACCAGAGGCGCCCAAAGCAGAGGAGCCGGCGGCAGCUCCAACACAGGAAGCCCCAUCUGAGUCCAGUCCAGAAGCUCCACCAGCUGAGUCGGCAGAGUAAAGAAUUGGCAGUUUUGCAAUGAUUGAACUUUUCUUCCCCCCCUGUUUGUUUGUUUGGAGUGGUGCCAGGUACUGGUUUUGGAGAACUUGUCUACAACCAGGGAUUGAUUUAAAAAAAGAUGUCUUUUCUCUUUUUUUGUCUCUACCCGCAGAUCCCAUCUCAGAUCAUUCUGUUACCACCAUUCCAAAUUGGUAGAGGAGAGACUAAGUGUCUCCCUCCUCCUCGUUCCUCUUUUUUUUUUGCAUCAGUAUUAAUGUUUUUUGCAUACUUUGCAUCUUUAUUCAAAAUGUAAACUUUUUAUUUCCUCUGUCAGUCUAUGGACAUGCCCAUAUAUGAAGGAGAUGGAUGGGUCAAUAAGGGAUAGCAAAUGAAGUGAUAGGGGUCACAAUGGGGAAUUAGUGGUGCAGAUAACUUGCCAAGAAAAUGUGCCACAAGAAAUAAGGGGUUAGUCUUUUUUAAAAAGAAAAUUAUUACAAUGUAUUUUGUGAGGCAGAUGUUCUAUAAGGUUUACAACACUACAGAUCUUGACUAAGAAGGAAAAAGAAAUUCCAAUACUCAGAUUUUAAAAAAAAAUCAUAGUCUUAGGAAAUUCAUUUAAACCAUAGGAACUUUUCACUUAUCUCAUGUUAGCUGUACCAGUCAGUGAUUAAGUAGAAAUACAAGUUGUAUAGGCUUUAUUGUUUAUUGCUGGUUUAUGACCUUAAUAAAGUGUAAUUAUGUAUUACCAGCAGGGUGUUUUUAACUGUGACUAUUGUAUAAAAACAAAUCUUGAUAUCCAGAAGCACAUUAAGUUUGCAACUCUUUCCACCCUGCCCAUUUUUUUUUGUAAAAUUGCAGUAAUCUUGGACCUUAAAACACACACACACACACACACAAUUUUAAACUCAACCAAGCUGUGAUAAGUGGAAUGGUUACUGUUUAUACUGUGGUAUGUUUUUGAUGACAGCAGACGAUGCUUUCUUAUUCCAGUUGUCUUUGAGAAUAAAGGAAAAAAACCAAUUUCAGAUGCAAUGGUUUUUGUGUAGCAUCUUGUCUAUCAUGUUUUUUUGUAAAUACUGGAGAAGCUUUGACCAAUUUGACUUAGAGAUGGAAUGUAACUUUGCUUACAAAAUUGCUAUUAAAUUCCUGCUUAAGGUGUUCUAAUUUUCUGUGAGCACACUAAAAGCGAAAAAUAAAUGUGAAUAAAAUGUAGAAUUUGGCUGUGUUUCUUUUUCUGGAUGCUCUUGAUAGCUUAGUAAGUUGACUGUAAUGUCUAAAUUUGUAUAAAGUGGCACUUGUUUGCCAUUAAAUGUUACUCUUGAUUUCUAAAUAAUGGAACGUUGGUCUUCUGGGCCCUCCAAAAACAGUACCUGUAGAACAAAGAUCUUGAAGGGCUUGUAGAUGCAUUAGGUUUAAGCUAAACAACCUGUGCCACUCUGGAUACUUAAUUGGCUAAUAUGAGAUUUGAGAAAACAGAAGACAAACUAGAAUACGUUCAAAACAGGCUUGCACCAGUUGACUUUAGCUAGAGUGGUUGUGUAUGUAAGCAAAGCCUUAAGGACCAGUCUGUGGUACACUAGAUUAUCUAUUAUCUUGAGUUGACUUGACACUUUGGCUGUGGUUGUUUGGAAUAUCAGAAGCCUCAACCUGAGUUUUCAAACAUGGGUACCUGAAUUCAGGUAUCAAUACAGCAAAGGUCUAAUCUUACAUGUAAGUUGUUAACCAUUUCAAUAUAUACUUCAGUGCUUGACUUUGAGCAUAUGCAGCCUUGGAAGUCUGGCCUAAAGUAAAAGCUUUUGUUCUACCAAAUUGUUGAGCAAUAUUUUUUACUCUCAGCCAUAGGUAACAAAAAAAAUUACUACAUUUGUCUAUAAAAUAGUCACUUGGUGCUUGCCUUUAACUGUUCAGACUUUUGGGCUAAUUUCCACCAUAUUGCUCAGGGCAAAUUAUGCCUUAAUAAAACAGUAGGCUUUUGUAAAAACAAACGCAGAAUAGUAGUGUUGGAGGGUGGAAAUUGAUUCAAGGAAGUGUUGCUCCUAGGUUUUAAUAGGUGAAAUUUAGUGUUACACUUAACUUGCUUCCAUCUAUGUUUUCAGCAGUAACUUGCUUUGGAAGCAAUUACACUUCAUUUUAUGAGAGAGUGGCACAUUAGCACCUUGUUCCCUAAAGAACAAAGUCAGAGCUGAAUGAAGUUCAAUGGAUUCCAUACUGAAUACAUACUCUUAUUCAGCCGUCCACGUCUUUUAUUUUUUAUUUUUUGUGGCUUGUAUAUAUACUCUGGUCACCCUGGUAUUCUCUGUAGUGUUAGAAAUGUAUUGACUUAUUAUGCUUUAAAUGGCCAUGGGAUGAAAUAAAUGGAUGUAAAAUGAGAU